AUGAGUAAGCUGCAGAGCGACGUGCUGCGCGAGGCGAUCUCGAACCUGCUGGCGGCGUCGCGCGAGAAGAACCGCAAGUUCUCGGAGACGAUCGAGCUGCAGAUCGGGCUCAAGAACUACGACCCGCAGAAGGACAAGCGUUUCAGCGGCUCCGUCAAGCUGCCGCACGUCCCGCGACCCAAGUACCGAGUGUGCAUGCUCGGAGAUGCCCAGCACGUCGAGGAGGCGGAGAAGAUCAGUCUGGACUGCAUGGGCGUGGAGGCGCUGAAGAAGAUGAACAAGAACAAGAAGCUCGUGAAGAAGCUCGCCAAGAAGUACCACGCGUUCCUGGCGUCCGAGGCCAUCAUCAAACAGAUCCCCAGGCUGCUCGGCCCCGGUCUGAACAAGGCCGGCAAGUUCCCCACGCUCGUCACCCACCACGAGCCGCUGGAGAGCAAGUUGCUGGAGGCGAAGUCGACGAUUAAGUUUCAGCUGAAGAAGGUGCUGUGCAUGGGCGUGGCGGUGGGCAACUGCGACAUGGAGGAGAAGCAGAUCUUCCAGAACGUGCAGCUCUCCGUCAACUUCCUCGUCUCGCUGCUCAAGAAGAACUGGCAGAACGUCAAGUCGCUGUACAUCAAGAGCACCAUGGGCAAGCCCCUCCGCAUCUACUAA